AUGGCGAGUGAUAAGAGCGAAGGUCUGACAAUCUGUGAGAUGACAUCCAGAGAUCGGAGCGUCAGUCCAUUGGAAAGAGACUCUCCAGCACUCAAUCAUAUAAUGAAUGCCAAUAAUAGUAAUCACAAUAAUUCGGGUGAAAUAGAAAUCUCCGAUUUCUCGGCGAUUAAUAGCGAAUUGCCUGCCAUUGACUUCAAACUGGUUUACAUGAGCCAAACAUCCACUCUUAAGAUGCAUAUCAAACGAGUCAAUAGUUUGCCGCUUCAGUUCAGGAAAAAUUGCUCGUCUUAUGUCAAGAUAUCCCUCAUUACCGAUAGCGAAAAGCUCUCCACAUAUCACACAAAUGUGAUUAAGAAGUCUUUAAACCCCGAAUACGAGGAGGACUUUACCUUCUCGUCGCUCACAUACGAAGAGCUGAGGAAUAUAACCAUAAGAAUAUGCGUUUACGUUAAGCGAAAACAAUUAUCCAAACGACAAUUGGUGGGCGAUCUAUGGGUUCCGCUCUCCAGACCUGAUUUAGAGCCUGAUAUUGAGCUGAACUGCCGCGAGAAGCUGUCAUUAGCGUGUCCUCAAACAGGCAAACGAGGUCCUCUCCUAAUGGCUGGAAGACUGGGAUUUCUAUUCAUUGAGUUUCAAUACCAAACCGAAGCGCAACGAUUCAAAGUUGUCUAUUACGUAAUCGUAAAUGUGUUGCAAAACAACGAGACAGUGGUGUAUAAGGAGACGAAGUGUGCGGUCGGAGUGUCACCGGUUUGGAAUCAGCCGUUCCUCUUUGAUGUGAACGAGACUGAGAUCAACACGUAUUGGAUUCAGUGUUUAGUAAUGCAGGGGAAGAGUUAUACGAAGGAUGGAGUGGUGGGUCAGGUGCUGAUCGGCCCCAACACGACGGUGUCGGGCGUCGAGCACUGGUCAGAUGUGAUGCGCUCGGAGUCACGGGAGAUGUCUAAAUGGCAUCCCAUAGCGAGUGUGGGAACCGCUUGCCUCUGAGGCACGCAAUUAGGGUUCAAAAGACGUUAUAAUUGGCUUUCAUUGAACAGACAGUAUUAUCAUCGGUUGUGAUGAUCGAUAGGCACUCAUUACUACUCCGAUGAACGCGUGAUCAACAAAAUGAUGAUAAAACUAAAUAUUUUGUUUUUUCGCCCAUUAAUAUCAUUAGAGAAAAUGUUUUACAAGAAAUCAUUUCUCUAUAAUUAGAUGAGAAAUUCUUUUGACAUUAAAUAAUGAGUUGAUUAGAAGAAG